AUGUCGUGGCUGCUGAAAAGAUGGUUCUUUCCAGAAGAACAAAACUCUUCUGCCUCCGCGACACAAUCAACAAACACAUCCAUUCCCCAAUCAUCCCAAUCACAAUCACAGCUACAACAAGAAACACCACCUAGCCUCCUCCAAAACAACCAAAAACUCCUCAUUGGCGGGCUCCUCUUCUUCUCUCUUUCGACCUUCAUUACGCGCCGCUCUCUACUCCGCAAACACCGCAACGCCAUUCCGCCCUACUACACCUCAUCAGUCUACCACAAGCCCGAAAUCAACAAUACAUUGGAAGCAUUCGAGGCACUCAACAUCGCCACUAUAAAUGUCUUCUCCAUCGCCAUGGCGGCCCUAGGUGGCGCUAUGUGCGCAUUCGAUGUUAAUACAAUGACGGAAGCGCGGACGAAACUGCGGGCUGGUAUGGGCAUUGCGCAUGGCGUGCCGCCGACAGAGGAAGAGGAGAGGCAGUUUGAGGAUGAGAUGGAGGAGAUUCUGUCUAAGGUGCUGGCGAAAAAGGAUAUUGCGGAGAUUAGGAAGAAGGUUGAGGCGGCGAGGGCUGAAGGGAGCGCGAAAAAAGAGUGA